CGCCAGAAACACUACGCAUGCACUUUUAUUUCCUCCUAGACGAGUUCAAGGUUUUCUCUUUCUGCACGUCCAAGGAAGCCACUCUGCGAUAGCCGACAGCAAUGACUGCCCCAGCCCCAACCCCACGGUGGACGGCGCUCGCGCGCGACACCAACGAGACGAGCAUCCAACUGGCCCUGAACCUCGACGGCGGCGCAUUCCCACCAGAAACAGACUCGAGGCUCAUCAAGGAUGGCGAGAACGGGCACGCCUCGCAGUCCAGCAAGUCGCAGACGAUAAGCAUCCACACGGGGAUAGGCUUCUUGGACCACAUGCUGCACGCCCUGGCCAAGCACGCCGGCUGGAGCCUGGCCAUCCUCUGCAAGGGCGACCUGCACAUCGACGACCACCACACGGCAGAAGACGUCUGCAUUGCGCUCGGCAGCGCCUUCGCCACGGCGCUGACCUCGAUGGCGGGGCUCGCCCGCUUCGGCUACGCAUACGCGCCGCUCGACGAGGCGCUCAGCCGCGCCGUCGUGGACCUCUCCAACAGGCCCUACAGCGUCGUGGACCUCGGCCUGAGGCGCGAGAAGAUCGGCGACCUCAGCUGCGAGAUGAUCCCCCACUGCCUGCAGAGCUUCGCCCAGGGCGCCCGCGUCACCCUCCACGUCGACUGCCUGCGCGGCGAGAACGACCACCACAGGGCCGAGUCCGCCUUCAAGGCCCUGGCCGUGGCCAUCCGCAUGGCCACGAGCAAGGUUCCCGGCAAGGAGGGCGAGGUGCCGAGCACCAAGGGCACGCUGAGCGCCCUUGGUUAGAGUGCGACUGCGGUCAAGGAGGACGUGAAGGCGGCCACUACGCUGAUCAGCCUGUCACGAACACCCGUACAUUUUAACAUUGACCCGAGCGGCGCAAUGGGACUCCCUCAGAAGUCCACUCCUGUUUGUGGACGACAACCAAGCGGGCGGCCAGGCGGGCAGCCACGAGGACGGUCGGGCAAAUCAAAUACAAAAUGCCCAUAUAUACCUGGCACAGCUUCUCAAGCUUAGAGAUUUGAACUAACAGGCCCCGAGCUUCAGGGAAGUUCUAUAUUGAAGCAUCGCGGUGAGCAUACAUGUAAGGCUAGCAGCAGCAUUUAGAGCACAGGAAAUUCGAAUUUUGAUAGGCAGAUCACCAAAUCUGUAUCAAGCUUUAUUUGGUAAUCCGCUACAUAACUAUAGAGUUUGUACAGGAGACUACGAAGGCAAUUGUUAAUACCUGGUCUCCAUCUAGAAUACUUAGACACCGUCUUAUAAAAUGGCUAGUAAAUAAAA